AUGGCGCAACCAAAGAAUUCGUCGAACAUCAAAGCUGAUUGUCGUCCGCUGUCCACCAGCGAUAUUGCCAGCCUCGUUCAGGUAGCUGAUAAAAUUCAUCCCGAUCUUCCUGAGAGCGACGAAGUCUUUGCAGAGCGUGCGAGACUGUUUCCGCAAGGCUGCCAAGGUCUGUUCGAUGAGGCCGGUGAGCUUUGUGGAUAUAUCAUCUCCCAUCCUAUUCUGUACCGCGAACCGCCAGCUUUAGACAGGCUCCUUGGACAAAUCGCUCCAGACGCAAACCAAUACUACGUUCACGAUUUGGCAAUUCUUCCUGAAUUCCGUGGGUCUGGUUUAGCGCAUGAAUGUCUCACCAAGAUUCUGGGGACUGUCGCAAAGCAAUAUGCAACGAUUAGUCUUGUUUCUGUCUAUGGAACAGCGGAAUUCUGGGGGCGGUACGGGUUCAGAGCUCCAGAGACAAUCGAUGACAAACUUAGGGAGAAGAUUUUGGGCUAUGGUGAUGACGCCUUGUAUCUCGAGCGCAAGAACGAGACACACUCAUCUAAUUCAGGGGUGUAA